CCUUUCUGAAAGGAAACCGGGUCAAAAAUCAUUCAGGUCACCAGCCUUCAAGGAGGAAAACAUCCGAUUGGCUCUGCUGUCUGAGCACAGUAAACUCACCUCCUUAGGUCGAUUUCCAGUACAGCUACUUCUCUGCCGCCUUAUACUAGUUAGUUAGUAAGCCUCGGUGGCCAUGUCUUCUAUAAUGGGAAGAAUAUUGGCCUCAAAGCACUGUGUGCACAUAAUAUAAUCUCUGUAACUGUUAGUUCUUGUUGCUCCCGGGCACAGCCUCACAGGAGCAAGUAAAAAAGAAAUGUCAGAGAGAACCGAAUGCUGGGAUUUCAGGGACUCAAUCAAACGCACUUGACUGUUAGAGAUUCUGAAAGAGCCUACCAGAGAGAUUAGGGAGCUGGGGAUGCAGCUAGAUUGUUAGAGUGCUUGGUUAGAAUUCCAAAGGCCCUGGAUUUGAUCCCUGGCAUUGCCCAAACCAGGCUUGCAGGGCAGGCCUGGUAAAGGCUGGAGGGUCCAAAGUUCAGAGUCACCCUUGGUUACAAAAGAGAGGCCAGCCUGGCAUGAGAUCCUGUCUCAAAAAGAAGAAGGAAGGGGAUGGGGGUAGGGAGACAGACAGACAGACACACAGAGAGAGACAGAGACAGAGACAGAGAGACAGAGACAGAGAGAUUAGUCCUCAUGUCCUCAUGUCCCAACAUUCUGUUGGAGUUGACACCUUGCUUGUUGAGAAGGGGAAAAGAAUAAUCAAAUAAAACAUAACUGAGAUGUAAAAAUUAAUUGAGCCACCAUUCACAUUCAACCUAGUGUGAAUGAUUCUGCACCAUUGGGGGAAAAAAUUAAAAUUUGAGACAACAACAAAAAAAGAAAGAAAGGAAGAAAGGAAGAAAGGAAGGGAGGAAGAAAGGAAGGAAGAAAGAGAGAAAAGAAAAGAAAAGAAAGAACAGAAGGCACUGGGAAAUCAUGAAUUUGAUAACGGUGUGGAAGGACUGAUUGAUCCCCUCCUCAGAAAUGUCAAAUUUCCAAUUCUGAGUGCAAAUAUUAAGGCCCGGGGGCCACUAGCACCUCAGAUAUCCGGACUUUAUUUGCCAUAUAAAGUUCUCUCUGUCGGUGGUGAGGUUGUGGGGAUUGUUGGAUAUACUUCAAAGGAAACCCCCUUCCUCUCAAAUCCAGGGACAAAUUUAGUCUUCGAAGAUGAAGUCACUGCGUUGCAGCCUGAAGUGGAUAAACUAAAAACUCUAAACGUGAACAAGAUCAUUGCCCUGGGACACUCUGGUUUCGAGAUGGAUAAACUCAUUGCCCAGAAGGUGAGAGGCGUGGACGUCGUGGUGGGAGGACACACCAACACCUUUCUCUACACAGGAAAUCCACCUUCCAAAGAAGUGCCUGCUGGGAAGUACCCAUUCAUAGUCACCUCUGACGAUGGGCGAAAGGUUCCCGUGGUCCAGGCCUAUGCCUUUGGCAAAUACCUGGGCUAUCUGAAGGUUGAGUUUGAUGAUAAAGGAAAUGUUGUCACUUCCUAUGGAAAUCCCAUUCUUCUGAACAGCACCAUUCGUGAAGAUGCAGCCAUCAAAGCAGACAUUAACCAGUGGAGGAUAAAAUUAGAUAAUUAUUCUACACAGGAACUCGGGAGAACCAUCGUCUACCUGAAUGGCUCCGCUCAGGAGUGCCGCUUCAGAGAGUGCAACAUGGGAAACCUGAUCUGUGAUGCCAUGAUUAACAACAACCUCAGACACCCAGAUGAAAUGUUUUGGAACCACGUGUCCAUGUGCAUUGUAAAUGGAGGUGGCAUCCGGUCCCCCAUUGAUGAGAGGAACAAUGGUACCAUCACCUGGGAGAACCUGGCUGCUGUGCUGCCCUUUGGAGGGACAUUUGACCUUGUCCAAUUGAAAGGGUCCACCCUGAAGAAGGCUUUUGAGCACAGUGUGCAUCGAUAUGGCCAGUCCACAGGGGAGUUCCUGCAAGUGGGUGGAAUCCAUGUGGUGUAUGAUAUUUCCCGAAAGCCCUGGGACAGAGUGGUCCAAUUAAAAGUUCUCUGCACCAAGUGUCGAGUGCCCAUCUAUGAGCCUCUCGAAAUGGAUAAAGUGUAUAAAGUGGUCCUCCCAAGCUAUCUGGUCAACGGUGGGGAUGGAUUCCAAAUGAUAAAAGAUGAAUUAUUAAAACAUGACUCUGGUGACCAAGAUAUCAGUGUGGUUUCUGAAUACAUCUCAAAAAUGAAAGUAAUUUACCCAGCAGUUGAAGGACGGAUCAAGUUCUCUGCAGCAAGUCAUUACCAAGGAAGCUUUCCUUUAAUAAUUCUUUCCUUUUGGGCAGUGAUCCUUGUUUUGUACCAAUAACAGGAAGUCUUGUCCUUGGUGUCAAACUGCAUUUUUCUUCCAGUGAUAUUCAAAUCUGCCUCUGGAAAGCUGGCUUUGUGAUGGUGCUCAUCAUCCUCAAGGCUCCAGGCAGAUGCUCUUCACAAGGAAGAGACUGUAAUAUCAUUUGUUGGGACCAGCAACUCAAUGAGCAGAGAGUCAAAGUGAACCAACAGGGUCCUUCUGGAAGGUAGUGGGUAGGGGAAACAUCUGGGUGUAGUUUGCACAUCCACAUAACACAUCUGGCUACCACUGAGCCUCAAAAAUAAUUUUUCCCUUUCUAUUCAUUUCUAAUCCAUCAAACAACUGAUGUUUACAUAGAACUUUAUCAUUGCCAGUUCUGGUGGCACAUGCCCGUGGUCACAGAACUUGGGAGGGAGGAGAGGAUGGCUGCAAGUUCUAGGCCAGCCUGACCUAUGUAGAGUUUCAAGCCAGUUAGCUAGACAUCAAGACUCACACAAACAAACAAAACCAUUAUAAUUUACAAGUAGAUUUCUGUAGACAAGUAUUGUGAUGUUAAUCAGAAAGGGUUGACUUGUUCAAGGCCAUAAAUCUCUAAACAAUACAUCUAGGACCUGAACCCAAGUCUUUUUACCUCAAGUCCAAUACUCUCUCCUACAGUCAAGUCUCCUCUCUUCCUGCCAAUGGCCCCAGAUGACAAAUCUCUGUUUCAGCCCUCCAUACUAUCCUUUCUUUUGGGCUCCUAUUGUCUCUCAAGUUUGAGAGAGUAACUACUGGACAGGACAUGUGCCUUUGAUGAGUCACAGACAAACUGUAUAAAGCAGAUAAUGGGUUAGUCCAGGGAAUGCAAAAGGCAGUCAGGGACAGUGGAGAAAGGGAAAGGAGAAUGUGACCAGGACUGAUACAUUAUAGAAGAGAGAAUGGGUAUUUAGAUGUGUUACACAAACACUAGUUAAGAAGCAGGGCAUAGGGGCUGGGGAUUUAGCUCAGUGGUAGAGCGCUUACCUAGGAAGCGCAAGGCCCUGGGUUCGGUCCCCAGCUCCGAAAAAAAGAACCAAAAAAAAAAAAAAAAAAAAAAAAAAAGAAGCAGGGCAUGACUCCAAAGCAGAACACUGGUUCUUGUUAACUCCUGUGUGAUUCCAAAAGUCCUGCCUCUCUCCUUCCUUCUUCCUCACAUGGGAGGUGCACCAGAGGUCUCCCUAAAAUAAACUGUAAUUCUAAACCUGAUCUGUCCUGUCCAAGAUGCCAAUAUAGCUCUUGUUCUAGUCACACCAUGUACAUUACGGGAAAAUCCAGUGUUCUGGAAGGCAAGAGUGAUUUUAAGAAGUGGUAUACAUAAAUGUUUGAAGUCACUGAGACUCAAAGCCCAAGCAACCACUGUAAGACAUACUCCAGUCAAGAUAUGAGAGGACCAGCAGGACAGGGAGCCCUAUGGGAUGCCCAAGAGAUACCCAGACUGAUGAAAUUAUCUAUGCCCACAGAACGGCAGACAAGACAGUCCUGUGUCCAAGUGAGCACGGUUAGCACUGUAACAGAAAUUAAGAAACCUUAACUACCAACCAGCAGCUAGAUGUUUAGACAGGGAACAUGUUUGUUUCCUAGUGUUUACAAAUAUUAAAUACUCUUGACAUCUUAAAAUUUCCAAUCCUUUUAUGAAGUUUGUUGCAGUGAAACAAUGCCUUCAGUUCUUUGAAUGUAUGGAUCAGUUAUAAACACAAAUGUCAAUAGGACUGUAAAAGAUAAAGGUGCAUAUGAGGUAUAUUUUUUAUGCUUGGUCAGUAAAUGAGGAGAAAUCUUAUUAUAGCGUAAUUUUUAAAGAACAUUUUAUAAUUUUUCUAAGUAUGUGUAUAUGUAUAUUUUAUGCAGCAGUACUGAGAAAUGACUUUGGACUACUUUGUAAUUGUAAAUUCCGGACAAUAAAGCUGAAGACAUA